GCCAGUGCUGGGAUAGAGAAGUGGACUCUCACCGAAGCGUGUGGUUCAGUCUCCCCCGAGCUUCUCCGCUGGCCUUCGCAGUCUCGUCAUGUCCUGCUACAUCUACCAGCUGCCCUCCUGGGUGCUGGAUGACCUGUGCCGCAACAUAGACACACUCAGCGACUGGGACUGGAUGCAUUUUGCCUCCUAUGUGAUCACAGACCUGACCCAGCUGCGGAAGAUCAAGUCGAUGGAGCGGGUGCAGGGUGUGAGCAUCACCCGGGAGCUGCUGUGGUGGUGGGGGAUGCGACAGGCCACCGUCCAGCAGCUGCUGGACCUGCUGCACCACCUGGAGCUCUACCGUGCCGCCCAGAUCCUCCUGAACUGGAAACCAGCUCCUGAGACCAAGUCUUCUGUCCCGCAUUUCCCGGGUGCCGUGCAGCCAGGAGGGCCAGGGGCGGCUUCUGUGAGCAACGCCGAGGGUGAGCAGCAGAAGGGGCGGCCCGUGAGGCCGGCUGCCCUUCCAGGCCCAGGUCCUGCUCCAGCCAGAGCCAACCUCCUGCCUCCUCCUGAAGAUGCUCCUCCUUCCUUAAACACUGACCUUCCUGCUUCAUCUGAUUCAAAGGAUUUCAGCACCUCCAUUCCUAAGCAAGAAACGCUUCUGAGCGAGGCUACAAACAGCAUGUUCUGGAGCGAGGAGGACGUGGUUCAGGCAACUGAUAACUUCAAUCAAACCUACAAAAUCAGUGAGGGGACCUUUGCUGACAUCUACAGAGGACAAAGGCAGGGCACGCCAUUUGUCUGCAAGAAGCUCAGAGAGACGGACUGCUCAGGCCCAGGAUCAAUUGAGAAAUUCUUGCAAGCAGAGAAACAGAUUUGUCAAAGAUGCUGCCACCCCAAUAUCUUACCUCUGCUGGGCUUCUGCACUGGAAAACAGUUUUACAGCUUGAUCUACCCCUACAUGGCAAAUGGUUCUUUACAGGACAGACUCCGGUGUCAGGGCGGCUCACAUCCCCUCCCCUGGCCCCAGCGCAUCAGCAUCUUCUCAGGGCUGCUUCGUGCUGUGGAGUACCUUCACAGCUUGGAGAUCAUCCACGGCAACAUCAAGAGCUCCAAUGUUUUGCUAGAUCAAAACUUCACCCCCAUGCUGGCUCACCCAGUGGCUCACCUGUGUUCUGUCAACAAAAGGUCAAAAUACACUGUGAUGAAGACCCACCUUUUCCAGGCCUCAGCUGCGUAUCUGCCAGAUGAUUUCAUCAAGGUGGGACAGCUGACAAAGCGAGUGGACAUCUUCAGCUGUGGAAUAGUGUUAGCUGAGGUCCUCACUGGCAUCCCUGCGGUGGAUAACGACCGAAGCCCAGCUUUCCUGAAGGAUUUACUCCUCUGGGAAAUUCCUUGCUCCAGGAAGAUGGGCACAGAGAAAGUGAUGGCCAAGGAAAUCUGCCAGAAAUACCAGGAGAAAACAGCAGGGACGCUGCCGGAAGACUGCGCAGAGGCUUUGGCCACAGCCGCCUGCCUCUGCCUGCGGAGGCGGAACCCCAGCCUGGCCGAGGUACGUGGCUCUGUGGCUGCUGUGGAAGAGCGGCUAAGAGGUCAAGAGAUGUUGCUCCCUUGGGAUGGGCUUUCAGAAGGCACAGGCUCUUCCUCCAACACCCCAGAAGAAACGGACGAUGUGGACAAUUCCAGCUUUGAUGCUUCCUCCUCCAUCAGUGCAGCCCCCCAGUCUGGGAUUGCUGCCUCGCCUGCCCCCACAGAAGAUGGAGAAGGCAGGAUGCAGGCCAGUAGGGGAAUGCAGGCUGACUCCUCCUCUGAGGCUUGUACCAGUCCAGAGCCUUCACGGGAUGAGACUUCAUGGAAGAUCGAGAUCAAUGAGGCCAAAAGGAAACUGAUGGAGAAUAUCUUGCUCUACAAAGAGGAGAAAUUGGACAGCAUUGAGCUUUUUGGACCCUGAUGACCAGAACACAGCUGAAGACCCUUGUCCUCAAUUGGAAAGAUGACUGUCAAAUCAAGAAAAAAGUCUAGGGCAGAAUCCAAGAUCUCCCGAGAAACACAAACCAAACAUCAGCUUCUCUGAGGGGAAGAGAAAUAUCUAAUUUCCAGAGUAAGUGAAGGGAGAAGGGGCCUCAGAUUUCAGAGAGCAGAAUCCACGAUGUCCUCUUCUUUUCUGGGAUUUGUUCAUCAGAGCUGGAUGUCAGGAGACUGAAGCAGAAAUCCUGAAACAUGAGCCCAGGAUGUGAGCAAUUUCCUGGUUCUGGGGUGGAUACGACAUUAACCGCCCCAGCACACGCCGUUACCUUGACCUCACCCUCGACAACUGACAGAGCAUUCUGAAUGCUGAUGGCACGUUCCCAAGUAAAGAUCUCUGGGUCAUAUUUGUCAACCACCACCAGCAAACUUCCAUGACCUGAAAGAUGUUAACUUGUGUCCCAAGAAGUUCUUGACAUUUCUCAAGGUCUCAAGUUUUAUAAAUGUCGCACACCUGACAAAGGGGUCUGUAAGUUUUCUGCUUUGUCUGUUGGAAAACAGGAGAACUGAUUUUAUAUCUGCUGCUAAUUAAUUCAAUCAUGUAAUUUGUGGAACCUCAGUUUCCUUAUAAGUAACACCUGUUCAUUUCCCCACCGUGGGCUGUUGGGAAGAACAGAUGAGACAUGGCUGCAGAAGUACUGUACUUUAAAAAUGCACUUGUCCUGUUUUAUAAAGUAAAUAAAUAAAGACAUUAAAUAUCUAUUUCUGCCAUGUACCAAGUUUUUAUGCGGUGGGCAUAUUUCUGAAAAGUCAUGUUUCUGAUCUUUUUGUGAAACAAAUGCUCUUUUAUAUUUAAUGUGCCCUGUUUUAAAUAACCCUAGUACAGUGAUAUGUUCCCUUACUUUUUAUUUUUGUAAAAUAAAAAGACAUUGAUAAAGUCAA